UUUAUCGACUUGUCGAUAUAUGAUAUCGUUAUGUCAAGUUAUGAAUACAUGUUCGGUUUUACUAUUCCCUUGCCUGGAUGUUUGCCAACAUAUACGUUCGUAAUUUUCAUAUUGAUAAAGCUUGGACAAAGGUUCAAUAUUUAAGUUAGGUGGGAUAAUAAACAAUACUAGAACAAUGGAGCUGUCUGUAAUUCAAAAUCCGGACCUUGUGGUAGCCAUAGACGUUGGUUCAACAUAUUCCGGAUAUGCCUGGCAGUGGAGGACUAAUUUCUUAUCGAACAAACAGAAUGUUGAAUUCAAUACGAACUGGGGCUCUGGGACACCGCAAAUACAUAAAACCAACACAGCAAUACUGUUCAAAGCUGAUAGAAAUGCGCAAUAUGGACUUGAGACCGUCGCAUUUGGAUACAAAGCUGAGCAACGCUAUGCACGGAUUUGCUCCGACGAAGGCACAGACAAAAAAGAGACGUAUCAUAUGUUCAAAGAAUUUAAAAUAGUCUUGUAUAGACAAACCGAGACAGAAGGAGGUCCUCAACCGAUAGCCGAAGACAGCAAGGGAAUGUGUUUUCCCUUCUCCGAUGUUAUGGCUCUGUUCAUUAAAGCCAUGAUAAAUGAUUUGUUCACAAAAAAAACUUCAACAAAAGGGGCGAAACAGAUUUUAUGGGUUCUGACAGUACCUGCAAUAUGGUCCGAGAAAGCUAAGAAGAUAAUGCAAAAUGCUGCUGUGCAGGCCGGCAUCGAUAGAAAACAUCUGUUAUUGGCAUCAGAACCUGAGGCUGCGGCCAUCUACUGCUUAAAUCUUCCAGCGGAGCAACAGGUUGCCUUGAAUAAUAUAGGAACGCCUGGGCAUUGUUUCCUCACGGUUGACUUAGGCGGUGGAACAGCUGAUUUGUCAGCCGUGCAAGUCGAACAGGAUGGUCGUCUCAAAGAAUUGUGUGGCGAGAGGGGUGAUCUGGUUGGGGGACAAAGUGUAAAUAAUGCUUUCUUCCAAGCCUGUAACGAUAAUUUUAAAGGUACGGAAUGGUCUAGGAAGUUUUCCGAAGCGACUCCUUUGGAAGUGAUGAACAUGGAACACGAGUUCGAGAAAUGCAAAAUCGCGAUUGGAUCUGAAGAAAUAGAUGAAACUAUACAACUGCCACUUCCAUGCUCCGUUCGCGAAAGCUUUAGAGACGGAAGGAUUCAAUUGGCGAAUCAACAAACACAAAUUUUCAAUAACCAGACAGGAAGACCUGAAAUUUGAGACGUCAUUUGUAAGGGAUAAUUUAUUUGAUCAAGCAUGCAGACUUAUCAAUAAAGUUAUCGAAAAUGUAUUAGAUAAACAGAACAACAUUCAGACUGUUGUCCUUGUCGGUGGAUUUGCAGAAUCAUCAAUUGUCCAAGAAAAGCUCAAACUGAUGCUUCAGCAAAAAUAUCCAACAGUGCAAGUUGUUGUCCCAACUUCACCUUUUCGCGCAGUGUUAAUGGGUGCCGUGCUGUUUGGCCAUGACAGGUUAAUCUACAAAAGCAGAAUAAGCAGAGCCACUUACGGAGUAAGGACAAAUGUUUUAUUUGAUGAUAAAAAGCACGACCAAACUAAAAAAUGGCUUAACAACGAAGAUGGAAAGUACUACUGCAAUGACGUAUUUGACUUACAUGUAAAGAAAGGCCAGUCUGUUGUUUUAAAUGAGCUUACCAUUGGAAAAACAUAUCUUCCCAUGUACAAACAUCAAAAACAAUUAACACUUCAAUUGUUCAAGUCUGUGAGUGAUGGGCACGAAGACGGAACAGUGAUGGUUGUAAGAAAGUUGUAAGAAAGUUGGUGAAAUAUCCGUUGAUCUUUCUGACACUGAUACGACAAAUCCUAAACGCGAAGCUUGUGUGAGAAUGAUAUAUGGCGGCACCCAGUUGUCCGUUAUUGCAACCGAACCGGUUACGGGGAAAGAGUACAACGCAGACAUCAGCUUUAAUGUGUGAUUCGUUAACUUGUUGCUUCACAUGCUUCAUGAUUUUAGUAUUGACACUGAUGUUUUGUAUAUGAACCAUUAAACGCCAUUUUUUUCUCAAAGGGUUAAUGCAACUCGUACUUAAAUGAGUAAGAAUGUUAUUUUUAUGAUAUCCGUCAUGUUGUUUGUUAUAGUUGAAACAUAUUUUGUGUGUGUAGUAUGUUCGAAUCUAUAAUGUAUAUUGUACAACAUAAGUUUCAAAAAUAUAAAGUGUAAUGUAAAAAAUGUUCAGUGAUGUUCUUUGCUGCUUUUUCAUAGUUUUAGUAGUACAAAUAAUUGAUGAUUUGCUUAUUGUAAACGUAUACAGGUAUCACAUAAAUACAUUCAACAAUAUUUUAAGUCAUUUUGUAUUCGAUUGUUAAAGCAUUGCAUGUAUUCAAAUUUUGCUUAUGAUUACUUUGACCCACAUAACACUAUACUUGAUUGCAUAUUAAUCAUCACAGACAAUGAUGCGUCUUGUAUUAUUGGUAGGUUUUACA